CCAUAAUACCCGUUUGAAGUCUUGAUUAAAUUCCGUCCCUGUUUAAGGAUAAUUUUUUACGGUUUAUGCUUUUUCCCCAGAUGUCUUAGUCCUUGUCUUCCACAAUGUCAAAAGUCUUUUUAAUAUCGUUGAUUUUCUUGUCCCUCUUCCUGCUUGCCUUUUCUCACCAAGAAGACGAUGACACAGUAAACGUUGAGAAGAGGUUCAGCCCCGCAUUGGAGGAGAUUCACCUCCAAGAUAAAAAGAGCACCAUUGCUCGUGUGAAGCUAAGUAAUAAGAAGAAAGAUAAACCAGAGGAAGAAGAAGGAAGCGCAUUAACCGACAUCUUAUUGACAGAAGGGAGUAGCAGCGCAGACAAAGAUGACGACAUAGUGACUGACAAAGAUGCGAUGGGAGAAAGUAUCGAUGCUCCAAAAGAUAACGAGGCCAAAAAGAAAAGCGACGAGAAAGAAAAGAAGAAAGAUGAUGAGAAGGAAAAAGAAAAGACAAAAGAUGAACAAGAGAAGAAGGAUGCUAAAAUAAGAGAUCAAUUCCUCCACCUAAUCAAAGCAAUGAGCAAUAGUAGUUUAUCGGAGAAAAAGACUAAAGAUGAAGCAGCUGCAAAGACCGAGGAAAAGGGGAAAGAGGAAAAGAAAGAGGAGAAGAAAACCGAAGAAAAGGAAAAAGAAAAGAAAGGAGAAAAGAAAGCUGAAAAGAAGGAGAAAAAGACUGACGAAAAAAAGAAGCCAGCUGAAAAAGAAAAGCCAAAGCCUUCAGCUGCCAAACAAAAACCACCUCCAAAUGAGGUUAAUCGUUUUCGCCAGCAUCCAGGCUAUCCAAUGUCACCAUACGGACAAAUGUCACCAUACGGACAAAUGUCUCCAUACGGACAAAUGCAAUAUCCACAAUCGCCAUACGCACAAAUGCAAUAUCCACAAUCGCCACAAUUUCCACAACAAAUGCAACAGCGACAACAGAUGCCAUUUCCACAGCAAAUACCACAACCUGCACCAAUGUCUGCUAAUGGAGGAGCAUGUAUUGCUUCAUGCUGGAAAAAGUGCACUCCCAUUUGUUUACAGCAUAGGUGCUGCACUGCAUCUCAGCAACAGCACCCACCCCCACCACCUCCUCCACCACCUCCUCCACCACCACUUCCAAUGAUGUACAUGCCUCCUCCUGCCCCUCAGAUGCUUUACCCACAGCCUGCUCCAAUGAUGCCAAUGAUGCAGCAGCAGUGUCAGCCAUCAUGUGCUCCCUCCUGCUGUAGACCUUCUCCUGCUCCUGCACCUCCUCCAAGACCUGCUCCUCCUCCUCCUCCUCCUCCCCCACCACCACCGGCUCGUGCUCCAGCGAAACCUUGUAAUCCAUCAUGUGCUCCUCAGUGCUGCGGGUCAUCUUACAGCCAAUAUCCUGUAGCGGCAUCCAUGUACUCAAGCUAUCCAUCACCCUAUGCAGCACAGUACCCUUCCCCAGCAGCUCCCACCACGGCUUCAGCCGUUACUGCGUCUUCUGGAUCUGCCACUCUUAACGCUGAUACCUGUAAGCCAAUCUGUCUUAAAUUCUGCAUCACUCUUUGCCCACAGAAAUGUUGUUCUGCAGGUGCUUCAAGCUCGAGCGCCUCCAAAUCCCCAACUAAACCUCCUACAGCCGCCGUAACUACAAUUGCCUCAACUCGUGCAUUGCCAACAACGGUACGAGCAAAUCAAUGCCCAGCUGCGCCAGCCUGUACUCCUAUGAACUGCAUGCCAAGUUGCCCUGUAUACUGCUGCAAACGAAGUAGCAACCCAAGACCACCUGCCAAGAAUGAAGACCAAGAGGAAGACGAAGACAGCUGCCCAGCUCUAUGUUACAAACGAUGUGCCCCAGUCUGCCCCCGAAGGUGCUGUGGACCAAAAAGCCCUUCACCAUUACACCCACGACGACCAAAUAUCCACAUAGCCGAUCUUCCUUACGGCAGUCAAUGCCCACAUAUCUGCAAAGAUGUGUGCGCUCUAGAAUGUCCUCAUAGAUGCUGCGGACCUGGCUCUUUCAGGCGUCACAUUAUCCCAAGGCCGCAACUGACAUACCAAAGAAGCCAAAUUCCACGCUUUCAGACAUACAAACGAUAUCGAACUCCUCGUCUCAGUAGGAGCUACAUACGGCGAUUUGGUUACCCAAAAGUUUAAAAAAACCAAGGAAGAAACCAAAUAGCCAUGCUUACAAUCUGACCAGCUCCUCGAUGGCCAGCAUUUUGUAAACAAACUCCUUCUCCAUUCUAUGAAAGAAUUUGUUCUAUCAUUUUGUUUUGUGGCAUACGCGUAUUCUUUGUAUAAAGUUCUCAUUUCUGCAGAGCGUGGGAAUUUGCAAUACUCGUUUAUCAACGAAAACCCGAAACUGUAUAUGCUUUGUGCCACAAUUUUGCAUCAUCCCAAGCGAAUAGUGUUACCUUUUUUAGGUAUGUGUACAUACUUCUAAAAAUUUACAUGUAAAACUAAAAUUUAGAAGUAAGAAUUCUAAUUGUCAGAAGCUUAAUAUAAAGUUGUUACUGUAAAUAUAAGCAAGGAUAAAUUCAAUAAAAAGUAAAACUGAA